AUGGCGGACAGGGAAAUUGACAUGGUGAAAACUAAGGAAGGGGUUUAUACUGCAAAGCCCAAGAAAGUGGUGGUGCUAUGGGAUUUGGACAACAAGCCGCCGCGCGGCCCGCCGUACGAGGCUGCCCUGGCCCUCAAAGGGGUGGCCCAGAAAUUUGGUGAAGUUAUUGAUAUCUCAGCCUAUGCAAAUCAACACGCCUUUAUCCACCUCCCCCAGUGGGUCCUUGAGGAACGCCGGGAACGCCGCCAGAUGGAUUUUCUGGAGCGGAAGGGGUUGUCUACGCCUACUGAACCGUAUAUUUGCUCGGUGUGCGGGAGGAAAUGCAAGACCAAUUUGGAUUUGAAGAAGCAUUUUCGACAAUUACACGAAAGGGAGAGGCAAAAGAAAUUGAACAGAAUGAGGAGUUUGAAGGGUAAGAAACGGCAGCGUUAUAAGGAGAGAUUUAUAGAUGGGAAUGAGAAGUACAAUGAGACAGCACGGCGUUUGUUGACCCCAAAGGUCGGUUAUGGUCUGGCCCAAGAGCUGAAGCGCGCUGGGGUGUAUGUCAAGACGGUGCAGGAUAAGCCCCAGGCUGCGGAUUGGGCUUUAAAGAGGCAAAUGAUGCAUUCCAUGAGUAGGGGUGUUGAUUGGAUGGUAUUGGUGUCGGAUGACUCGGAUUUCACAGAGAUGUUGAGGAAGGCGAGAGAAGCGAAUUUGGGGACGGUGGUUGUGGGAGAUCAGGAUAGAUCAUUAGGGAGGCAUGCUGAUAUAUGGGUGCCAUGGAUUAAGGUGGAGAAUGGGGAAAUUAAGGAGAGUGAUUUGGAAUUGAAGAGCAAAAUAUGGAGGGAGUUUGAUGGGAGGAGUGGAAGCUUUUCAGUUAGCGAGUUUAAUGGAGGAUUAACAGAGGAGAAUUUGGAUGAGCUUGUCGGGAGAAUGAAGUUGGAUGAUGUGAGGAUUUCAUCCUUUUCAGAAGUCGAGGAGGGAUAUGAGGAAGAUGAAGACUGGAUAGGAGCAAGAUUGGAAAAGCGGGAUAAUGGGAAUUCCAUUGUUGAUGAUGAUGGGGAGGAGGGGGAUUAUUUAUUGGAUAGCGAAGAUGAAGAAUUGGAAGAAGCAGUAGUUAAGGUGUCAUUAACAGAAGUAUGA